AUGCCGGACAUGACAGCAAAUUUACACGAAAAGCUUGCAAUGCUUCCCUAUGACUUUCACCCGACUCUAAAAGGCGAGGCCGUGAGUGGAUCAAGGUAUCUGCCACUCUGCUUCACGAGAUUUGGGGGUAAAGAUGGCCAGUUACUCGGGUCUCUCUCUGGGAUUCGUGGGGAACUGAGUACCGCAAUUAUCUUCACUUACGAAUCGGACGGUGUCCCUCCACUGGAGCGGUCAUGGCCAACGGGAUAUGGAUACAGAGAGACGGAGCAUCCCUAUUUUGAGAUUGAUAGCAAAGGUGGAGAGCGGUUUGUCCGAGCCAUAUUAACAAUCGAAGGGGAUCUAAAACCAAAUGAAGAUCCCUUCAUUUAUGGAGUGCUUAGUUCUGCUACUCUUAUAACAGACCGGGGGUGGGAGUAUGAGUUAUGCAACUACGGCCUUCAGUAUGGCGGUCCCCUUGUUCCUUUUGAACUGAGUUUACCCUCUUUUGAAGUCAUUACUGGAAUAUAUGGGGUACCGGGUGGAAUGUCCUUGGGUAUAGUCUCGGAGAAGGUCAUUGACUAG